AUGGACUUGAAAGAAGAAAGAACUAAGAUCAAGAAAGAUGAAGUGUCAAAGUUUGCUCUUUUGAACAAGAAAACUUUGGGUCUGCUACAAAUCACGGAUAAAACGCCGGUCAAAGACAGAUGUAUUUUCAAGUUAGCAUGUGAGCCUCCAAUGGUCAAAGCCAUAGAGUCAUUCAGAUCCCGCUAUCCGUCUUGGGAAGUGACAACGGCAUUUCUAUUGCAAAGAUUAGGCUUACAGUAUAACUCUGCGAAAGAUGGAAAAUGGCCCCUGGCAGGUAGUGAAGGGGAGGAGAGCGACGUUAGCAAGAGUGAUUCCGAAGAAAGCGAGAAGGAAACUCCUUUAAAAGCACUUCCGAAAACACAACCGAAAAAAGAUUUAACAAAAGACUCUCUCUUUGAAAUGCCAAGCAGAGCAGGACCUACAAAGCAGCUAAAAAGGAAAAAAGCUCCAAGAGAAGUAGGAGAUGGAUUUGAGCAUACGAAAGAAGAUGAAGGUGAUGCGAAAAAACCUGCCAGUGACAAGGACUACGAACAGAUGGUGGAAAGCAGUAGCGAAAAAUCAUCGCCAGUCAAGGCAAAAGCUUUGAAGAAAAGAAAGUCUCUUCCCUCUCAGUCAUCCGCAGCUGAAACAACGGUGGUGAGGAAGAAGAAGGAGAAGAGGAAGUCUCUUCCUCUGAAAUCUUCGGCCGACAAGCCAACGGUCUUGAAGAAAAAGAAGUCUAUAAUAGGAACACACUCGGAAGCAAAAUCUGGAGAAGCCUCCACAACAGCACCCGAGCCACAUAAACUGGUUAGCUAA